AAACCCCGCCCCACACACCCCAUAACACACCACAAAAUCAAGGUAGAGCUCUCUCAUUCUCAUAUUUCACACUACCAAAGCUACUACUCAUCAUCGCUCUCAUGGCUUUCACACCUCUCUCUUUCCUCCUCAUUACUCUCACUCCAUUAUUCCUCUUCUUCUCCCACCAAGUCUCCGCCCAAGCCCCGGGCCCCGCCGCCGCCGGCCCCCUCAACUUCACCGCAAUCCUUGAGAAAGGUGGCCAAUACACCACCCUCCUCCGCCUUCUCUCCGACACCCAAGUAGCAAACCAAAUCGACAACCAACUCAACACCUCGUCCGAGGGACUAACCGUCUUUGCUCCGACCGACAAUGCCUUCAACAACCUCAAAGCCGGAACCCUAAAUGGCCUCUCCCGUGAGGACCAAGUUAACCUCAUUCUCUUCCACAUUUGCCCCAAGUACUACACCCUAUCGGACCUCCUCACCGUGCCCAACCCCGUCAGGACCCAGUUCUCCACCGACGGCCUCAACUUCACCGGUCAAGGCCGCCAAGUCAACGUCACAUCCGGAAUGGUCGAGACUCAGGUCAACAAUGCUCUGAGGAUGCAGUCCCCCUUGGCAGUUUACCAGGUCGACGCUGUUUUGUUGCCCCCAAGUCUUUUUGGAGCUAAGCCACCGGCCUCAGCUCCUCCUCCGGCGAAGAGUACUCCAGCAGCCAAGGACGGCAAUAAUACCAAGACAAAGGCCUCCGGGCCAUCGUCCGAUGAUAGUACCGGGGAUUCGAGUAAGACACGUGUAGGGUUGGGAUUGUUUGUUGGGAUUGGUAUUGCUUGCAUGGCUGCUCUUUCUUGAAGAUGAUGAUCAGUUUAACGUGAGAAAAAGAUAAGAUAUCGAACAGUUCUUUUGUGCCGUUCGUGUGAAAUUUGGCGUAUAUUUGUAUCUAAAAUUCAUUGUCGUUUUGUAUUCUUUUUCUUUCUUCUUCUUUGAAUUUGAUUGUGAAUUUUUUUUUUUAUUGAUGAGCUGAAUACUCUUUCUUCUU